UGCAUAGUCUUCAAGUGCGUUGCCUACAGUGCUCCUGCACAUUUUUUUAAUUCAUCAGUCGGCCUUUGCUCAUAAAAAUGGAAAGAUCCGUCGAUCAUUGGACCCUUCAUCCGCAACUUUUGUGGUAUUCUUGUGUGGGGCUUCCACGGAUCGUUCAUUCUCAUUUGUCGAGACGACCUUAACGACUGUCCACGAAAGGAUGGAAGACGAACUGCAGCAACAGUUUUUCGUCAAUGUAACCCCAACAGAUGAUCAAGAAUUGGACACAACCCCGUCAUGGGAUAAACCCGAUACAUUGAUGUCUCCAAAGUCCUCAACCUGCAGCAACCACAAACACCAGGAGAUCAUUUCGUCCAAUCACAUCCCUGCUACUUCGCGGACCCCCGAAGAAGCGAGUGAAAGUGUGAAAACUCUGAGCUUUCCGCUAUCGGACGAGAACCGCUCCACAGAUCUUGAUUCGAACAAAGAUACCAAUCACACAAACUCUCACAGUCACCUGUACUACAACCAAUGCCCGUCCAACAAACGCUUGCUGGGGACCGCCUGUAUCUCAUUUAUGGGCUUUGCUAGUUUCCAAAUGGUCUUUGCCUUUGUCGCGGGCAGUCAAUCCAUGCUGGGAGAUUCUGCCGCCAUGAUGGUGGACGCGUUUACCUACGGAUUUAAUAAACUGGCGGAACAGCAAAAGAAUCGGGAUGACAAGAGCUCGUCCAAGUCCACCGAUGUUUUGUCAUUCCGCGACCGGAUUCGACUCAAUCGCAAACAUAACCAGAAUAUCCCCAACGUGACCAUCAUGCUGACAUUUUCAAUUAUCAAUCUCGCAAUCGACGUAUUGAACAUCUUUUGUUUCGCGAAGGCCAAGCACCUGCUGGGCUACGCCACUGUUGAACCAAAGAUCACUCCGGAUCGACGAGGAGCCAAGGAGUCGUGGACUUCAACGCAGCAGAUGGAAGAAUCGAUGACAAAGGAAGUGCGUCACAUCCAAGGAGAGAGGUACGAUGAAGAUGACACCAUAAAGGAGGGAUUCGCCCAUUCCCACCACGACGGCACUAAUUUGAACAUGUGUUCGGCCUACACGCAUGUGUUUGCCGAUACACUGCGGUCGCUUGCCAUUAUUUUGGCCGCCGGCAUUGCUUUGACUGUGCAUUCGGUCAAGCCCGAGGUUGCGGACGCGAGUGCCGCUGUGGUUGUCUCGGGCUUAAUUCUAGUCUCACUCGUGCCGCUCGUGAGGGGAUUGACUCGGACGGCGUCAGAAUUGUGCGCCAUUGCGGCCGAAGUACGGCAACUUACACGAAAGGUAGAUUUGUUGCAGAGUUCGCGUACGACUACUGUAGUCGAUAUGGGAUAGGCCAUUACUGCACCGUCUGUAGCCGUCAAAAAUUGUCCCUGCUAG